AGGUAACUGCUCUCUAAAACAUCAGAACUUCAGAAAUCCAGCAUGAUGCAAUCAAGACUCUCAGCUGUUUUCCUUUUCUUGUUGGGUUUGUCAUUUUGUCUGACAAUCCCUAUUCCCCUUGAAGAUAGCCAUGAAUUCACAGAGGAAGAUCUUCAGUUUGCAGAGCGCUAUCUCAGGACUCACUAUGACCUCCGUCCAAAUCCUGCUGACGUAAUGAGAAAGAGUGCCAACACAUUGGCAUCUAAACUUCGAGAAAUGCAAGCUUUUUUUGGCCUCGAGGUGACCGGAAAAUUAAAUGAAGAAACAUACGAGCUGAUGCAGCAACCAAGAUGUGGUGUCCCAGAUGUGGGGGAAUAUAAUUUUUUCCCUAGAAAACUCAAAUGGUCAAAAACUAAUUUGACGUACAGAAUCAUGAAUUAUACUCCAGAUCUCAGCCGUGCUGAAGUAGAUAGAGCUUUCAAAAAAGCAUUCAAAGUUUGGUCUGAUGUGACACCACUUAACUUUACUAGAAUACGGAGUGGAAUAGCUGAUAUCAUGAUCUCCUUUGGGACUAAAGAACAUGGUGACUUCUACCCCUUUGAUGGACCUUCUGGCUUGCUGGCUCAUGCUUUUCCUCCUGGUCCAGACUAUGGAGGAGAUGCCCAUUUUGAUGAUGAUGAAACUUGGUCAGAUGAUUCUAGAGGGUAUAGCCUGUUUCUUGUUGCUGCCCAUGAAUUUGGUCAUUCACUUGGACUUGAACACUCCAGAGACCCUGGAGCUCUGAUGUUUCCUAUUUACACAUAUACUGGAAAAACUGGUUUUGUGCUUCCUGAUGAUGAUGUGCAAGGGAUCCAAGAACUCUAUGGUGCUGGAGACAGAGAUCCAAACCCCAAACAUCCAAAAACACCAGAAAAAUGUGAUGCAGAAUUAUCUCUUGAUGCAAUAACAGAACUUCGUGGAGAAAUGCUGAUCUUCAAAGACAGAUUUUUCUGGCGACUGCACCCUCAGAUGGUUGAAGCAGAACUGGUGUUACUUAAAUCAUUUUGGCCAGAGCUUCCAAACAAAAUUGAUGCAGCUUAUGAAAACCCCAUUAAAGAUCUUGUGUUCAUGUUUAAGGGAAAGAAAGUCUGGGCUAUGAAUGGUUAUGACAUAAUUGAAGGCUUUCCUAAAAAGAUAUAUGAAAUGGGUUUCCCAAAACAAAUGAAAAGAAUAGAUGCAGCUGUCCAUGUUAAAGACACCGGCAGGACUCUCUUUUUUAGUGGAAAUAAGUUCUGGAGUUAUGAUGAAGAGAAAGAGGUUAUGGAAACAGGCUACCCCAGACUGAUAGAGGAAGAAUUCCCAGGAAUUGGUGACAGAGUGGAUGCAGUCUAUCAAAGAAAUGGUUAUCUCUACUUUUUCAAUGGAUCGUUGCAGUUUGAAUACAGCAUCUGGAGCAAUAGAAUUGUCCGUGUUUUGCAUACUAAUUCCAUAUUUUGGUGCUAAUUACUCUUGAGGGCCAUGUUAUAGGCUGUGGAGCAGCUUGUAGUACAUGGAAAUAAUAAUAUGAACAUAGAGGUUUAUUAGAGGAAAGCAAGGUUCUGUGAGCAAGCACUGGCUAUCUACCACCAAAUGUAUACUGUAUAUAUGGAAAUACAUAGCUGUAUGUCAGUCUGGAACUGAAUUAACUUAAUAGGAAAGGAGAAGAGAAAUGAUUAGCAUUUCAAGGGGCAUUACACCAUUUAAAGUUCAUCUAGCAUUAAAGCUGGAUUCCUCUGUGAGAUGCUGGAUGCAUCCUACAUGAUUAUAAGCACUAUUAAUUCCCAGUAAUCUGUGCAUUCUAACAUCUUUCCAGGAUCUCUUAGCAUCUCCCAUACAGUAGCGCUCAUAAGCCCAGGAGUUUUUACUUUUUAAACUAAUCCUUAAGUUCUUUAUAAAAUUUCCUUUAAAGCACUGGGGAUUCAGAUGUGUAAAAAAUGAGUUAGGACUGCAUGGUGACACCCUGAGCAGGAUAAGACCCGGCUACCCCACUGAAGUUAGAGAAUGCAAAGGGAUUUGAAUGUACCCUCAUUUGAAUGGGGAUGUCCUCUUGGAAAUCGAUGCCCAUGUCAUCUUUGGAAGGAGCAGAGAUGCAGUGAGAUGUCUCAAAGCAGACAAUAAAGCAGGAGAAAGGUACAGAAAUCUCCAGGCUGAAUGAAAAUCUUAACCAAAAACCGAAUGAAGCCUGCAUGAAAUCUGCAGCUCUGCAGAAAUCAUCAGCCUGAAUGAUUUGGGAGACCAGAAAGUAGUAGCAGCACCAGAAGAAUCAAGAAGAGCACUAUCUUGUAUGAAUCUAGAUCCAUUAACACAGCCCAAGUUUUAAACUGGUGUAAAAUGAAAUAGUUUAAGUGACAUUUAUAGAGGUUAUAGCAGAGAACUUGAACAUUCAACUCAAAACAAUUGAAAUAAUAUCUUCUUUCAUGUUUGUCACUCUUUUGAUACCUACUUCAGUUGUUUCCAAGUCAUGUAAGUUGCUGUUUUUUUCAAUCAAUGCAAAUGAUGCAAGACUGUGAUUAUUUCUUAGUUUAAAAUAAUAUUAAAUAAACUGGAAGAAUAAAAU